GACUUCCCAGGAGCUGCUAAGAUGGGCAUGAGGAUCAAACUGCAAAGCAGCAACCACCCCAACAACCUGCUCAAGGAGCUCAACAAGUGCCGGCUGUCGGAGACCAUGUGCGAUGUCACCAUCGUGGUGGGCAGCCGCUCCUUCCCCGCGCACAGAGCCGUGCUGGCCUGCGCGGCCGGCUACUUCCAGAACCUCUUCCUGAACACGGGGCUCGACGCGGCCAAGACCUACGUGGUGGACUUCAUCACCCCUGCCAACUUUGAGAAGAUCCUCAGCUUUGUCUACACGUCGGAGCUCUUCACAGACCUCAUCAACGUUGGGGUCAUCUACGAGGUGGCCGAGCGUCUGGGGAUGGAGGACCUUCUGCGCGCCUGCCACUCCACCUUUCCCGACCUGGAGAGCGCCACUGUGGCCAAGCCCCUCCCCGGAGUGGCCGAGAGCCACGCCGGCGCCCUGAGUGCCGGCUCCGUGGAACCCGCUCAUCCCCUUGGGGAGCUUCGGAGUGGUGGGGAGCACUAUGUGUUGCCCGGUGAUGCCGGGGGGAGCUAUAAGGAGGAAGAGAGACAGGAGCUCGGCGGGGACGCAAGCCAGCAGCAGCCGCUGCCGCCGAAGACGGAGGAGCACGAGCCCUCUGCUCCGUUCACCCCUGUCCCGGGCGCGGGGGUCCAGCCCGUGCUCGGCACCGUGAGCACGGGCAUCCAAACCAGCACGAGCGCCGGCCCUCCCUACAGAGCGCAGAGCAACGGAGACUUCGGUAAAAACAGCUUCUUUCCCCCUGACAGUGCCACAGACAUUCUCCCCGCCGGGACCAACUCCUGCCUGAGCCACGGCGACCACGCCAAGGGCCCCGGCUUCGGGCAGGUGGACGAGCUCCAGCUGGAGGACCUGGGGGAUGACGACCUGCGGUUUGAAGACCCGAGCGAGGAGAUGGGCACCACCGAGGAGGUGAUCGAGCUGAGCGACGACAGCGAGGAUGAGCUGACUUUCGGGGAGAACGACAGCCGAGAGAAUAAGGCCAUGCCCUGCCAGGUGUGCAGGAAGGUGCUAGAGCCCAACAUCCAGCUGAUCCGACAGCACGCUCGGGACCACGUGGACCUGCUCACGGGCAACUGCAAGGUCUGCGAGACCCACUUCCAGGACCGAAACUCCCGGGUCACCCACGUUCUGUCCCACAUCGGCAUUUUCCUCUUCUCCUGCGACAUGUGUGAAACCAAGUUCUUUACCCAGUGGCAGCUGACCCUCCACCGGCGGGAUGGGAUAUUCGAGAACAACAUCAUUGUCCACCCCAACGACCCGCUGCCCGGGAAGCUGAGCCUGUUCACUGGGACGGCUUCCCCGGAGGUGAAGUGCGUGGCCUGCGGGAAGGCGCUGGCCCGAGAUUUCCACGUGGUCCGGGGCCACAUCCUGGACCACCUAAACUUGAAGGGCCAGGCCUGCAGCGUCUGCGACCAGCGCCACCUCAGCCUGUGUGGCCUCAUGUGGCACGCGCUCUCGCACCUGGGCAUUCCCGUCUUCUCCUGCUCCGUCUGUGCCAACAGCUUUGUGGAUUGGCAUCUCCUGGAGAAGCACAUGAGUGUGCACCAGAGCCUGGACGACGCCCUCUUCCGCUGCCACGUGUGCAGCCAGAGCUUCAAGUCGGAGGCGGCCUAUCGCUACCACGUCAGCCAGCACAAGUGCGGCGGCGGCCUCGACGCGCGGCCCGGCUUCGGGCUGCAGCACCCUGCGCUGCAGAAGCGGAAGCUGCCGGCGGAGGACUUCCUGAGCGAGGACCCGGCUCUGCAGGGCCAGCCCGGCAACAGCAAGUACAGCUGCAAGGUCUGUGGCAAGCGGUUCGCCCACACGAGCGAGUUCAACUACCACCGGCGCAUCCACACGGGCGAGAAGCCGUACCAGUGUAAGGUGUGCCACAAGUUCUUCCGCGGACGCUCGACCAUCAAGUGCCACCUGAAGACGCACUCGGGGGCGCUCAUGUACCGCUGCACGGUCUGCGGCCACUACAGCUCCACGCUCAACCUCAUGAGCAAGCACGUCGGGGUGCACAAAGGCAGCCUCCCGGCCGACUUCACCAUCGAGCAGACCUUCAUGUACACCAUCCACUCCAAGGAGGCCGAGAAGGGCCCGGACAGCUGACGGGCCGCAGAGCCGGAGGCAGCCCGCGGCAGCCAGGGCCCUGCCUGUCCAGCGCCGUCGCCCCUGCCCAGCCGAAGCGACACUUGGGCCUUGCCAGGAAUUUGUCUUGCGUGGAGAGAAGGAAAGAGGAACUAGCACACAAGCUGUCCCCGGCCUCUGGGGAGCGCCGGCCCCCUCGUGUUCACCUCCUCACCUGUUCCUGCCCGCGAAGGACUGUGUCCCUUACUCCUAGAGACUGCUUCUGGGGCCUCGCAGGCAGCUGGUGUCCACUCGAGCCCCUCCCCAGCCUUGAGUUUCAGUUUACUGAUAGGUUUUAUGCUGCUAAGACUCCAACCAACAGCCUCACGGAAUCGAGGGGCGCAGGGAGGUGUUCACUGUGGGCGUGACUGCCGGGCCCCCAGCGGGACGGCCAGCCGGGACAGUGAGCGUGUGCGCGUGCCGGAAAGGCCACUGGGGGCAGCUCCCCGCAGACCCCCCUCUCGCCCUCGGCAGGGAGCCAGCUUCAGGGAUGGGGGUGCUUGUUCCACGGCUCUGACCUGCUGAUUGAACAGUAAGUCUUUGGGCAGAGAGAGCCAACCUGCGGC